GGGCAGCGCGGGGGCACAGGGGACGGCGCCCGGGAGGGGACAGAGCCCGGGGGGCAGCGCGGUGCCCGCGCCGUUCCCGGUGUGAGCCUGUGCUCUCUGUGCCCCGCGUGUCCCGCGGAGGGCACACGGCGCUCGGUGCCCGGCUGUGACAGGGGCGCCCCGCGCUCGGGGCAGGUGUCCCGCGGGUGGCACCGGGGAGCGGGGCUCGGGCGGGGGCACCCGCAAGGCGUUCGUGGAGCGGGUGAGGGCCCGUGGUGCCCGCGGGGCCGGGAUGCUGCCGGGGCUCGCGGCCGUACGGGGGUGGCGUUGGCGCCGUGCGAUGGAGCGCCGGGCUGUCACCCGGGCCAGGGGUUGUUCUCCAUCCUCACCCCCGGGCCUGGCCGUGGCCGGCAGCGGAGUCCCCUUCCCCCUCUGCCUGCUCCUGCCCGCGGAGCUGCUGCCUGUCAGGGUGGUGCCCUCGGAGCCGGAUCCAGCUCCUGCAGCUGGUGGCAGUUCAAGCGGAUAGGCAGCGUGCCAGGGUGGCUUUGGAUUACACGGCCAGAGCUGCUUCAGUGGAGGAAGCAGGGGAUGCUGGCACCGAGUUUCUGUCUGUGCUUGGCUGUGCCUCUCCAUCCAUCCCUGCGGGAGCGAGUGUGCCCCAAGCCCACGGCUGAGCUCGGCCCCAGCAGCAUCACUGCAGAGUCCAGGAUGCUGUGGUGAAACCUCGGGAAAGCUCCUGGGACUAGCUCAUGGGAACAGCCACACUUGUGGGCUGGGGCCGGGACCAGGGGGAGGGUGGCAGCUCCCAGGCAUCCAGCGCUCCCAGUUCUGCCCAUGGUGGCUUAUGGCAGGCAGCCUGGCCUUUGCCCGAGUGCCCUGGCACCAAAACACUUGCAGAAGGGAUGGAAAAACCCCAGCGCUUCAGGGGGGAAGGAAGCGAGAGCCCUGACAGCUGGGGGGGCCCGGCAGUCUCAGUUUCCCCCAGGCAGGUGGCCACACUGCAAGAGCCCCGUGUCUGCCAGCCUGGCACGUCCCCAGCCAGCAGCAAUCCCUCCUGCAUGGCCAUAGGGGCUGGAGGAGCUGUGGUGGGGAGCAGUCCCCUGCCAUGUCUGCUCUGGGCAAAGCCAGAGGGGGGAACUCACUCUGACCUCACCUGAAAAUUAAGCAAAAAGAAGUGCAAAUAAAAGAACUGGGCUGGAGGCGUAGAGGUUGAUAUGAGGUGCAUUGUGAGGGAGAUUGUGUGUGCUCCUGUGCUUUGUUGCAGCUGAAGGAAUCUCCUGGCCCUGCCAUGCCACAGCCACUCUUGUACCGUCAGGUUCUGCUCUGCAAAUGGUCUCAGACUCACGUGCAGGUCCUGGCUGGGCACAGGCUGCUGGCUGGUCCCUGCUGCACAGCUGGGACAGGCCCCCAGGACAGGCCCUGCCAGAGCAGUGAGGGGACUACUGAGGGGCUGGGCUCCAGGGUGUCCUUGUGCCUCUCAGGCUAAUCUGUGGCCAGCCAGGGGCUCAGGCACUGCUGCCAAUCCCUGGCAUCGGGGACUGCCGGAGCCAUGUGGGUCCCGUGCUGUUUGCUCAUCCCUGUUUGCCGACAGGGUGAGGCUUGUGUAUGUGGCACUGGCUGAGCUGGCACUCGCUAUGCAGGCGCCAUACGUGGAAGCAGCAGCUCCUCUUCCCAGGUGAAUUUGCAAUUACUUCCUCAAUGUCAGGUAGCUGAAACCUGCAGCUCUGAAGGCCCAGGCAAGCAAUCAUCACUUCUCUGGCAUGAAAAGUCACCAGACUCGUUUGUUUAUGGAAGGAGCCGAUGGUCAGGCUGCUCUUGUCACCUUUAGAAAGGUUGUGACUGGGAGGAGCCACGCUGCAAUUCAUCCCACCUGUGGGAAAACUUGCUCCAGGGAGAGGAGGGAGAGGGAAGGCUGCUCCAGCCCCAGGAUGGCUCUGGUGGGACGUGAGCAAGGGGAGCCAGGGGCUGUAGGUGCAGGUGGUGCCAGUCACUGAGGGUGCAGCUGCCCCAGGAGCUGGGCUGGGGGAUUGUUCCCGAGUCUGCCUGAUCUCUUGAGGACGGUGUGUCUGUCCUAGAGCCUCAAAGGCAGUGCCGUGACUGUCCCAGAAACGCUGCUCUUCAUCUCCACGCUGGAUGGGAGCCUCCACGCCGUCAGCAAGAGCACAGGGGCCAUCAAGUGGACCCUGAAGGAUGAUCCCAUUCUGCAGGUGCCGGUCUACGUGGCAGAGCCAGCAUUCCUUCCAGACCCCAAUGAUGGCAGCCUGUAUAUCCUGGGAGGAAAGAACAAAGAAGGCUUGAUGAAGCUGCCGUUCACCAUCCCGGAGCUGGUGCAGUCCUCGCCGUGCCGCAGCUCAGACGGAGUGCUCUACACUGGGAAGAAGCAGGACAGCUGGUUCAUUGUGGACCCCAAGUCAGGGGAGAAGCAGACCACCCUCUCAACAGAGGCCUGGGAUGGUCUGUGCCCAUCCAGCCCCUUGCUCUACAUCGGACGCACCCAGUAUGUCAUCACCAUGUAUGACACCAAGUCACGGGAGCUGCGCUGGAAUGCCACCUUCUCGGAGUACUCGGCCCCGCUCUGUGAGGAGUCCUACCACUACAAAAUGGCACACUUGGCCUCAAGCGGGGACGGGCUGGUGGUGACCCUGGACAAGGAGAGCGGGGAGGUCCUGUGGGCGCAGAACUACGGCUCACCUGUGGUUGGCAUCUACCUGUGGCACCAGGACAGCCUGCGCCGCCUCCCCCACCUCAACGUGGCCAUGGAGACCCUGCGCUAUCUGACCUUCCAGUCACAGGACAUCCAUGUCCUCAAGUGGAGCUACCAGUCCGUCAGGGACUUUGCUGCCACCAAGACCCAGCUGCUGCCGGCGCUCUACGUGGGAAAGCACGCGGCCAGUUUCUAUGCCGUGACCUCCCUGGUGCACGGCAGCGUGGCGCUGGUGCCCCAGGGCAUCACGCUGGCCAGGAUCGACGGCCCCACCACGGACGACGUGACCAUGAGGGAGUCCGGGGAGUGCGAGAUCAUGCCCAGCACGGACGUCAAGUACCCGCAGGGCAGCAUCACCUCACUUCCCAACCAGUGGCUCCUCAUAGGGCACCAUGAGCUGCCUCCUUUGGUCCACACCACAAUGCUGCGAGCCUUCCCAGAGAACCUGAGGAAAACCACAGAAACCAUCAUCCCCAGGGCUCCUCCCAGCAGGACCGUGUUCGAUGAUUUUCUGGCCUCGAGCAGCCCGGAGGAGCCAGCUGUCCGCAGCGAGGGGCAACUCCAGCCAGACCCCACGCCGGGGGAGCAGGUGGAGGUGUACCCCGAGUCUGGCACCUGGGACCUGGUGAUGGCUGCCGUCGGCACGGCUCUGCUGGGCGGGGGAAUCCUGGUCCUGCUGCUCACGAAGCUGCAGCGGCAGCACGUGGCCCAGCAGCAGCAGCUGGAGGAGCAGAUACAGCUCCUGCAGCAGCAGCAGGAGAUGCUGCGCUCGGGCCGAGUCUCCAGGGAGGGCGUCCCUGAGGAGCCCGGGGAGCUGGAGCUGAGCCAGGGAAGUGCCUCAGAGCUCUCACAGAGCUCCAGCCCCUCCGCCUGCCUGAAGGACCCGGCUAACGGCACAGUCAGCCCAGAGCCAGCUGUCCCAGGGGCUGCUGAAGAUGCAGAACCAGACCUGGUUGUAGUUGGGAAAGUUUCUUUUAACCCCAAGGACGUGCUGGGCCAUGGGGCUGGAGGAACCUUUGUCUUCAGGGGGCAGUUUGAGGGCCGCAGUGUGGCCGUGAAGCGUCUCCUGCCCGAGUGUGUCCACCUGCUGGACCGCGAGGUCCAGCUGCUCCGCGAGUCGGACGAGCACCCGCACGUCGUGCGCUACUUCUGCACGGAGAGGGACCGGCAGUUCCACUACAUCGCCAUCGAGCUGUGCUCCGCCACGCUGCAGGAGUACGUGGAGAGCCCCAGCUUUGAGCGCCGUGGGCUGGACCCGGUGUCCGUGCUGCGUCAGACCAUGUCCGGGCUGGCCCACCUGCACUCCCUCAGCAUCGUGCACCGUGACCUGAAGCCCUGUAACAUCCUCAUCUCUGUCCCGAACCGCCACGGGCAGAUCCGCGCCGUCAUCUCCGACUUCGGCCUUUGCAAGAAGCUUCAGGGGGGACGACAGAGCUUCAGCCUCCGCUCCGGGAUCCCUGGCACUGAGGGCUGGAUCGCGCCCGAGGUGCUGCAGGAGGCCCCGAAGGAGAACCCUACCAGUGCUGUGGACAUCUUCUCAGCCGGGUGCAUCUUCUACUACGUGGUGUCGGGGGGACAGCACCCCUUUGGGGACAGCCUGCGGCGCCAGGCCAACAUCCUGGCAGGCUCCUACCAGCUGAGCUGCCUGCAGGAGGAGGCUCACGACAAACUCGUUGCGAGGGAGCUGAUUGUGGCCAUGAUCAGCUCCGAGCCCCAGCACCGGCCUUCAGCCCCUGUGGUCCUUGUGCAUCCCUUUUUCUGGAGUCAGGAGAAGCAGCUGCAGUUCUUCCAGGACGUCAGUGACCGUGUGGAGAAGGAGCCAGCUGAGGGGCCCAUCGUCUCAGCCCUUGAAUCGGGAGGACGGGCGGUGGUGAGGACCAACUGGAGGAUGCACAUCUCCCUCCCGCUGCAGAUGGACCUGAGGAAGUUCCGCACCUACAAAGGGGGGUCAGUGCGUGACCUGCUGCGGGCCAUGAGGAACAAGAAGCACCACUACCACGAGCUGCCGGCCGAUGUGCGGGUGGCCCUGGGCUCUGUCCCCGAGGGCUUCGUGCAGUACUUCACCUCCCGCUUCCCGCGGCUGCUGCUGCACACGCACGGGGCCAUGCGGGUCUGUGCCCACGAGCGCACCUUCCACUCCUACUACUGCCAGAGCCUGAGGGGCGACGGCGCCUGAGGGCCACUGGUCACGCCUGAGGGCCAUGGGUCACUCCCGAGGGCCGUGGGUCACUCCUGAGGGUCGAGGGUCGCGAGUCACACCUGACAGCCGUGGAUCACCCUGAGGGCCGCAGGUCACGCCUGAGGGGCGAUGCCGCCUGAGGGCCACGGGUCACAACUGACGGACAGCCACGGGUCAUGCCUGAGGGGCGACGGCGCCUGAGGGCCGUGGGUCACACCUAACGGCCAUGGGUCACACCUGAGGGCUGUGGGUCACACCUAACGGCCAUGGGUCACACCUGAGGGCCGCGGGUCAUGCCCGAGGGCCGCGGGUCACGCCUGAGGGCCGCGGCCACUGCUGCCCACCAAGGCCCUCUCUCUGUCCUGCUGCCAGCCAGGCGAGGGCUCAGCAGGCGGGACACGGGGCAGCACCAUGCUCUCACCUCUGGGCAACCACCUUUGCCAACACUCACAGUCGGACUCAGGUGUGAAGGCAUUUGGGUCAGAAAACAAAGACAUCUUGGGUGGACACAGUGCUUGGAGAAGAAAGAGGAAAACACGUUGUGUUUUCACAGCAGAGUCCUGGGACAGCGAUGCCCUCAGGCUGCCAUCAGCCCCGGGGGACAUUCACCAGGGACAGAAAGCUUUGUCCCACAGCGUCUCUCCUGUACCAGGGGCCUGGGGACGCAGCUCCUUGACACCGGAGCUGCCCCUCAGCCCCAGCAGGGCUGUGCUCAGCCGGGCCAGGCCGAGCAGCCACACCCGCGGCACCCGGGCUGUGAGGGCACAGCCCCAGCAGGAAGGUGUGAAUCAAAGCUGGGCUCAGAACAGGGGUUUGUCCCUUAGGGUCCCCACUAGCCUGUACCUGUGCCAGGCCUGGUGGCACAGCAGUUCAGGAACAGUUGUCUCCGGGCACAAAGGAGGGAGUUCCUUGCCCCUGGGAUCCUUCCCUCAAAGACAGGCAUGUGCCUGCAGCUCCCCCAGCCUCUCCUGCUGCCCAGGGCAGGUGGCCCAUGGGUGCUCUGGUUCAUGGCAUCCCCAUGGGUAUGUGGUCCUUGUGAGCCAGACUCCAGCACCAGCUGAGCCCAUGAGCACAGAGCAAAGCUCCUCUGUGGAACAGCAAUAAUUUUGUAUAGUCUGAUUCCUGUGUGUACUGGGGUGUGGGAUUUCGUUACACAGUUAACAGGGUUUGUACCGGGUUUCUUUUCAGAAUAUAU